AUGAGGAGUUUGGGAGGUAUUCGGAGCUAUGCAAAGCAUCUUCGCAUAGAUGGGGUGAAGGAUACUAUAGCCAUUGCCUCUGGCAAAGGUGGUGUGGGAAAGUCAACUUCUGCUGUUAAUUUGGCUGUUGCACUUGCGAGAAAGUGUCAGCUCAAGGUUGGUUUGCUUGAUGCCGAUGUGUAUGGACCCAGCAUUCCUACCAUGAUGAACAUCAAUACAAAGCCAGAAGUCACUCAUGAUAAGAAAAUGAUUCCAAUUGAAAAUUAUGGGAUCAAAUGUAUGUCAAUAGGGUUCCUUGUGGAUAAGGAUGCCCCAAUUGUCUGGAGAGGUCCCAUGGUAUCAAAUGCUCUUGAGAAAAUGACAAGGGGAGUUGACUGGGGUAACCUUGACAUUCUAGUGAUGGAUAUGCCUCCCGGCACUGGUGAUGUUCAGAUAGCUAUGUCUCAAAAUCUGCAAUUAUCAGGUGCACUGAUUGUUUCAACUCCUCAAGAUGUUGCAUUGAUGGAUGCCAGGAGGGGAGUAAAAAUGUUCAAUAAAGUUGAUGUUCCGAUUUUGGGAAUUGUUGAAAACAUGAGCUGCUUUAAGUGCCCACAUUGUGGCGAACCUUCAUACAUAUUUGGCAAAGGAGGGGCUCAUGGGACAGCGUCGGAAAUGGGAUUAGAUUUUUUAGGCGAGAUACCACUAGAAGUGGAGGUCAGAGAAGCUUGUGAUCAGGGGCACCCAAUAGUGUUAGCUGCCCCUGAUUCAGUAGUUUCAAGAGCGUAUGGCGAGGUAGCUGAAAAAGUUGCUCGGAAACUCAAGGAACAACGGUUCCAACCAGAGAUAAUAAUCUGA